AUGACGGCGUACCUGGAUGACCCGUACGACACUGGCGGAUUGCUCUGCAGAUGCAGUGCACCCAGAAACCGAGGCUGGCUGGCUUUUUGGUCUGUCCUGUUGCUCUUCUCGGUCGUUGCCGCCAUUACAGCUUUUCAACAUUUCCAUUAUGACAGCAAACAAAAGCAGGAGGACUUAACCAACAUCAAGACAGAGCACUUAACCAACAUCAAGACAGAGGAGUUCACGAUCAUCCUCCAAACGUACAAGCGAGAUAAUAUUCUCCUGAAGGUCCUCAAAAAUUGCCUGGCUGCACCUCAUCUCCAGAAGAUUAUCGUAGUGUGGAACAACAUUGGGGUAGCCCCUUCACAGAAGUUAAUUGACUCUUUAGGUCAACAUUCUAUUCCUGUUCUCUUUAUGGAGCAAACGCGUAACAGUCUUCAAAAUAGAUUACAACCCUUUGCUGAAAUUCACACUGAGGCUGUGUUGAUGCUGGAUGAUGACGUUCUGGUCAGCGUUCCUGACAUCAGUUUUGCUUUCAUCGUUUGGCAGCAAUUCCGAGAUCAAAUUGUUGGCUUUGUGCCCCGCAAACACGUUGAGAUCUCUCCGGGUGUGUACAACUAUGAAGACGUUGGGCUGACGCCUGGACAAAGAGGAGAGCGCAAAUAUUCCAUGGUGUUGAUCGGCGCUGCGUUCUUCCACCGUCGCUACUUGAAGCUUUACCGAGACCAGCCGAAGGCAAUGCACGAUCUGGUGGAAGCCGGCCACAACUGCGAGGACAUCGCCAUGAAUUUUGUUGUGUCACUGCACCUGAGAGAAAUCUGGGCUGACGGCAGGUCCGCGGGCAUUUAUGUCAAACCCAUGGACAUGCGCAACCUGGAGAUGCAAGCCAGCGGUGACUUCAAGGGCUUGUGGCACCGCUCUGACCACUUCAAGCAGAGAUCCGAAUGCAUCAACCAACUGACCAAAAUUUAUGGUGUCAUGCCUUUGCAGUUGUCCGACAUCAUCGUGAAUCAAUAUUCUCGGGUUAAAUAG